CGACUCUAAGGAACGACAACCAUGGCUUCCAGUCUUGCCAGACAAUUGGCACAAGGUGCAUCAUUAAACAGGGCCCUUCUUAUCGACCGGUCUCGACGAAAGCCGGUAGAAUCUUACCUCUUCACUGGCGGAGAGGCCGACCUUCAUGACCUAGAAUCUAUCCAUGCAUUGGGUACCAAUGGAUUUCUCCAACUUGUAUCCAUAACUCCGACAUUAUCAAAAUUUGAAGGGCCUUUAUUCUCUGACGCGUCUAAGGAAACCGACCGCACUCUUCUGCCCUCAGAAGCUCUCGCAGAGCUGGAUGAGACGAUUGCCGCUUUUCUGGUCCAGCUUGGACCGUAUCUGAUGGAGGCACCAACAGGCAAGAUCAUAGAAUGGCUUGUCAGGAGAUUUAGGAUCAACGAAUUCAAUGUCGAGUCUGUUCUCUCACUGUUUCUGCCGUACCAUGAAUCACCUCAUUUCGCCAAGAUGGUUACCAUCCUGCACGUCCAGCCCAAUUCUACUUGGAACUUUCUCAUUCCUUUCAAGAAAGCCGCUCAGAGCGUUUCCAGAAUGGCACUUGUGAAAGAGAUGCUCAAAAAUUCUGAUGUGUCUCGUUUCAUUGUCAACCUCCUUCCAGCCGCAAUCAAAGGGGGAUACUCCCACCGAUCGCUGUUGGCUUUCAAUGCCGCUAGCCUACACGACUACAUGAUGCACAGCAAAACGCUAGAUGACGGUACUCUGGCUUAUCUGCUACCUGCUUUUCUUAAACCCUUGCAAAAUCACUCCGAGCUCCCGGCCAAGGAUGCCAUUCUAGGAAGCUAUAUAUUGCUGUCGACCCUGUCCCACAGAUGCAGCUUCACCGCAGCUGCUCAAAAGGCCAUUGUGGUGGCCAUGUCUUCUUGUGCAGAGCGUGUGUCUUCCAGGCAAUUCAUUAGCGCCGUAGUCUCGGUGUGCGAGGGUCAAGAUGGAAUGGAAGAUAUCCCGGAUAGUACUGUCGAGACAAUACUUUGCCUACCAAAUAUUGUCAUCGAAGUAGGCGAAGCAUUGGGCUGGGUCGGCACAGAAAAAUUCCUCGGCCCUUUAUUGAGUGGUUUAACUCAGCGACUGAACGAAGAUGUGGCACUCGGGCUACUUGAGACGAUUAUAAUGGCUUCAAAUACACCAGAUAUCAUUAUAGGACGACUAUCCGAAAACCUCAUCAAGCUGGCCAUUUCCGAGACAGAGUCAUCAAAUACAAUUCUCGUCGCCCGACGCUUGUUGGUUCACGUUCAUCAACGUUACUCGUCCAUUCUGCAUAGCGUCUCGGAGGAGAUGGCUCAGGAUGACGAGGAAUUAAAGCCAUCGUUGGACAACCUCGUAAUGUCUCUUUCUAUGAACCAAACAUACAGUACGACUUCCGGUACAUCGUCAAAAGAUGGCAGUGGCGAUGCGAUCUUAGCCUCCUCCAGCGCAGACGCCAAGAUACGUCUUAUUGCGGUGAAAGAUCUUAUCAAGAGACAUCUUUCGGGGUCGUUGACGUCAGAGCAAGAGGUCUCGCUUUCCUCUGCGUUGGUUGCUCGUACCCAAGAUUCAGAUCAUCGUGUGUUGGAGGCUCUGUAUGAGCAACCUGAGGUCAUCCUCCCUGCACUGAUCAAGGAUUCGGAGACGUACAUAAGUCAACUAUCGACCUUGCUUUUGAGUACAAAACCGAAGCGUCCAAUCCUCAAGGCUCAUUUAAACUUUUUGAUUGGACAUUAUCAGAAGGUGGACAUGGAUACGUCGGAGAAAACAUUCCAUAAAGUUGUCUUUCCUCUGAUGUUAUUCUCAAAACCACGGCAGCUUACCGUGGAGGCUUUGUGGGACAUCCUCGAGCAAAAUGUCCCAAAGUCUGGUGCUGGGUGCUUUGAGCUAUUGAACGGAUGUAUCGAUCUAUGGACCUCCACGAAAGUGAAAGAAAGUACCGACGGUGUUGAUAAACUGGCGACCUUCAACACACAAGUCGCUGCAAGAAUAGCGGAAAACAUUCUAUCUUCUAACAACUUCUCGCAUCAUCUGGACGAGCUCAUUGCCAAAUUUAACGAUUCCAAUGCCUACGUACGGAUAUUGGCUUAUCUUGUCACACGUUCACUACUUCGUCGUCUUUCUGGUAGCCAUCAGAUUAAUGCUGCGCACAAGGCGCUACGGGCCCUGGAUCUCGAACAGCUCUCAAAGGUUGAGGAUCUCUCGUGUGGUUCCGAAGAUCCUCUGAAGUACCUUGACGACGAGCGUAUUGGAAAGAGUGUCAUACUGAAGCCUAACAGCAAAAACACGGCAUAUUGGCUCCAGAUGUCCAUCAUCACAAUAUCGGCCAGCGUUUCAAGCCCCGAGGGGGUCUUGGUAAAUUGGCUUUCCACCAGGCCUAUGCAGGGAACGUCGGACGACCGUGAUCAUCGCUACGUCACUUUGAUGCGCUCAAUUUAUGAGAUGGCAAAUUCAUCAAGCUCAAACGUUGCGAUGCACAUGCUUCGAACUUUGUUCAUGAAUAUCGCAGACGAGGCACUGGCUUUUUUGACUGGUAUCUGGGCGAUUAGUGAUGAUGAAGAUCUCGCUGUUGUUGCUUUCGGCCACACCAUCGCUCUACUGAAGGCGCAUAUGUCUGGAGAUGAGAGCGUCGACUUCCAGACCAUUGUCCCUUCGUUGUUGGUUUCUUUACAAAGUCCAAGCCUUGAAAUUAGGAAAGCAGCAUUACAAUGCGUAAGCCUGUUGGCGAAGGCGUCCGAGAAGAAGUACGUUAGAGUAUACGCAUUUGAUACUAUCUAUGGAGCGAGUACAGGCGAGUUGAACUUGCAAUAUCUUGACCAGGACGAUCUUAAACGGUAUCUUUCAGCUAUUGUUGAGCAUGAGGAGCAUCUACUUCAUGAUCCGGUAUUCCUAUCUAUCUUCCACAUAGAGCAUCUCCAGCGACUAAAGUCGGACAAACGGAAGCAUGCACAAUACAAAUAUCGUAUGCUCUGCUUUCUUGCGUCACAUAUCAACGUGUCGCCGUCUCCACAUUCUCAGCUUUUCCUACUGAAAACUAUUGGCAGCAUUUCUGACGAGGAUAAAGCCGUGAUUCUCCUUCCAUCUGUGAAACUGGUCGCCGAGGACGCCCAGGUCAGGGACAUAUUUGGAUCAACUUUGGAAGAGUUUACGUUGCUAUUGGUUUCCGCUUUCGAUGCUUCGUCUGCAAAACAAUUGAAUUCGGAUAGUAACGAAACGUGGAAGACAUAUUGUCACUGUUUACGUCAUUUCUUUGGAUCUGGCGCGUUGUCAUCCCCAAGAACCAAGCUGACGGAAUGUUUAGAGCGAGGCUUGUUUGCGAACCUGACAAUGGAGCGCAAGAUUGAACUUUGCGGUCUCCUCCUCAGUCUCAGCACAGAAGACUCUGAUGUGCAUGCUGUUUGCACUGCCCUACUAACAAAAAUUCUAAUCGAGCCGGCUUUGAUUGCGCAACUUCUCAAUGCGCUUCGACCUGACUCCGGCAACGGUCCAAGAGCCAGCAAACGUCCCCGAUUGGUAACCGAACCUUCUCAAGAAACUCUUCCCAGAUUGAGUAUUUUGGCUGAAGUAUUGGCGACGGCCUCUCUGCCCGGUUCUUUCGACGUCAUUGUCGCAAUGGUUCAGGCGUUGAGCAGUAUUAUACAGUCUUCGUCGUCGGACAAUGUUGACAUUUCUUUCAUUGAACAAUCCAUGAUGUCCGCAAUCGAUAACGUUGCAGAUAAAGUCACGGAAGCUCCAAAUGUGACACCAAGUGCUAUUCGUUUGGAAGUCUUGGUGGAUCUCAUUCGCACUGCACAAAAUCCUCAGACAUUCCAGCAGGCAUUGUUGCUUAUGGCAACAUUAGCCAGGCUCACGCCCGACUCUGUCCUCCACAAUAUCAUGCCUGUUUUCACUUUCAUGGGGUCGAAUGUGUUUCAUCGCGACGACACGUACAGCUUUACUGUUGUACAAAAGACAAUCGACAGUAUCGUACCGGUCAUGGUUUCUUCCUUGAAGCGUUCACAUUCUUCUCGAAUGGACCUUCACCUGGGUUCCCGCGAGUUUUUGCGAGUGUUCACUGAUGCUGCAAACCACAUACCCCGGCAUCGUCGUACCAAUUUCUUCAUUCAUUUGGUGGAUGUCCUAGGCCCUAAUGAUUAUCUGGCGCCCGUUUGUCUUCUUCUCAUAGAAAAGGCCGCUAAUCGCGUUGUACGUCAAAGCCCAGAUGAAGCUCGUGGUACAUUUGCGUUGCCGCUGUCGCUGCUCCAUCACUACCCUGGAGCCAUGCAACUCUUCGUCCUCACCGAGAUGCUUGAAGAAAGUCACCGACUUGCUUCCCGGGCGAAAGAUCCUGAGAAUCUCGAACCAUCCUUCCUUGAUGACAACUUCCAUGAUGAACAUUCUGUUUCUCCCCUGACAGCUUUCAAAAGAAGAGCUCAAGCCAUAAUUGGUUUUGUUGGUUUCGCUACGAAGUCAACAACGGGAUCAAGCACUGAUAUUAGUGCAUUUGUGUCUCUUCUGGUGCUCCUGGCAACUCUACCAAGCGGUCAGGGAUCUGAUGCUCGAAUGGAGGAUGUGAACAAAGCUUCACGCGUGUCGUUAGCACAGGUGCUCAAAGUCAUGUCUGCUAUUGACUUCUUGAACUCUGUGAUUGCCAUACUCGAAUCUUCGGAACAAGCGGUGCAGGUCGGUGCUCUGGACCUCAUUGCCGAACGAGUGCCCCUGGUAUCGGACAGUAUUCGUCGAAAAUCUACCACAGCUAUUGUGAAGAUCAUUGAUCGCACAAAGGAUCUCCUCGUUUCUUUCCCCACUGGGCCUAUUGCCGUCUCAGGUCUUAAGGCUUUACGAUCCAUCGGUGCCCAUUUUUGUCCUGGAGAGGAGGCUGCUAUCACGCAAGUUCUUCCUGUGUUGAUCUCUGAUAUCCGCGGUAGCAAGAACACAAACUAUGCGAUGGCUGCUUUGUCGCCUCUGGCUGCGAAAUUAGGUCCCAGGAUUAUUCCAUUCUUCCGUGAGAUCGUCGAUCUCUGUGUAGGCAUUCUUCGUGACGGAGCAGAGGAAUUGAUGUCCACGACGACUGACGUAUUGCAUGGGCUUUUGACAUCAAUUCCUUCAUUCUGGGGAAGCGGGGAACUUACUCAAGUUAUCAAGUUUUAUGUCUUCGCUUCCAGAGGGAGGCGGACCACGUCAUUAACAUCGUUUGUCAAAACCAUGACCAAGAAAGCCCCAGAGAAGGUCGUUGUCCCGACUCUCACCCAGAUAUGGACGUCAUUGUUCCCAAGUCCGUCUGUUGACCAUUACGAUGCCUUGUUCGAUAUCGUGAAGAAAUCCCUUCGUGUAGCGAGCAAAGAGGUCAUUCAGGACAAUUUGAGAAUCCUCUACAAUAUGUUUUUAGAAGCGUUUGGCGCCUUGAAUUACAGUGACCUCUCUAGAACACCGGUAGUAACCGCCUUCCUCGAGCUAAUCGUCAAGAUCAAUGAAAAUACCUUCAGGCCACUCUUCCGACGGCUUUAUGAUUGGGCCUUCGUGACUUCUGCUGACGAUGUGGCCAGGAAAGUUACGUUCUAUCAUGUCUAUUCUAGCCUCUUGGAUUACUUUAAGGGAUUGAUGUGUCCAUACAUGUCGUUCAUCAUACAACCAUCUAUUGAUCUCUUGAAGGCUUUUACUUUAGGUUACGAUGGCGCAUUAUGGUUGGCCGUUCUGGAAACUCUUACUAAGAGUAUGAACUAUGACAAUGGAGUCUUUUGGCGUGACGAUAAACUACGGCACAUAUCUCCGCAUCUCAUAUCCCAAGUUCCUGUUUGCUUGAAGCUGAAUCUUCCGGAAGGGAAGCGGCUCCUCCAAGAUUCGUUAUGUGCACUCACGGAUAAUGCAACGGAUGACGUCUUGCUCAAAGCAAUCAAUCUUGAUCUUCUGAUGCAUACCCGUUCAGAGGACGUUCAAGUACGGCUAUAUACAUUGGUGUGCUCAAAAACAUUGUGGCAGAUGCAUGGUGGAAAACUUCUUGGAUUCGUGGCAGAGACAUCAACUUUCAUUGCGGAAUGUAGCGAAGACGAAAAUGAUAUGGUAGCGAGAGAGUCCUUAAACCUAAAAAAUGCAGUGGAAAGCGUAGCAGGAAACAUAAAUGGUUUAUGAGAUGAAUAAGAUAUUAUUGUAUAACCAAGGGGGUAGAUGGGUAUAUGCUAUGGUUGAGGUGAUAGAUCCCGCUCCUGUAUUAUCUCUUCAAUAGCCAUGCACUGGGAUAAUAUCUGUAUGAUGACAGGACGGCCGCAUGAGUUGUUAAUAAAGGGACUCUGAGGGAUUAUAUAAGAUCAAGUUCAGGUGAAUAUGAAACAGUGUACCUUGGCUAAUUCUGCAGGAGAAGGUCGCGUCACAGGAGGAUCAGAACAUGCACGUAGAAAUUCCCGGAAAGCUGGUGAAUACACUUCUGGAUGAGUCAACGGCGGCCAGCGGCCCUCAA